AUGAAUUGUUUGUCCGUUCUUUGUAACUCCAACGUUUUUUUGUUUGGUCGUACUGGCCAGCCAGUCAGAUUUCGUUACGUUCCUGACCCAGGCACACUUGAGCAACGUCUGUUUAAAGCAGUUACAAAGCCUGUAAUACCUCCUAUUGAUAUCGACCCAGUAAAGAAGCGUAUACGUGUAAUGGAAGAAAAACGUUUGCAUGAAAAUAAUCCUUAUCGGAAAUUUUUAGUUGGAAAAGCUGAAGAGGAAUUUUUCAAACUGAUGGAUAAUAAUAUGGUUUUAGUUUUUCAAGAAUUAUUUUAUAGACGCCGUGAAAUAGCUCCUGUAAAAAAUCAGUUAUUUUUAAAGGGUAUGAAGUUCAAAGGAUUUCCAUUAUCUAUUUUGAGGGAAGCUGCAAAAGGAACACGUUAUGAAUUAUUUACGCGUUAUUUUCUUCAUUCCAAUAUUCCUAACACGUAUUUAUUUGCUGAACCAACACCUGAAAAUUGUCGAGAUGUAAUAAAGAUGACUAAAAAAGUACACUUUCUUCUUUUAAUUGGUGGUUUUGUUCAUAAUAGGAUUAUGACUGUACAACAAUUGAAUGAUUUCGCAUCCCUGUCUGCUGAAGGUUUAGAUGGUGUACGCAGCCAAUUAGUGACUUUACUGGAACACAGUCGUGGAGGGCGAAUUGUAACUGAUUUAAACUAUCACCAGUCAUUUAUUGUUCGUGGUCUCAAGAAUUUGUCUAAUGCUGGGUUAGAUAGCGAUGAAUCAAAUCCCUCGGAACUAUGA